AUGGCCGGCCCCCAAGAUGCAAGCGGCCCGCCGCUGCCUCCGCCGUCGACGCUCGCUGCGCAGCUCGUCGAGACCAUCUCCGCCUCGUCGCGCGUCUCCUCCUCCUCCUCCUCGCGCUCCGCCGACGACAGCGCCGAGCUCAAGGCGCUCUUCGCCGUGAUCCAGCGCGUCAAGGACCGCCCGGAGCUGCUGGGCACCCCCGCGCAGCGCCUCGAGCACAACCACAUGCUCGUCUACGUGUACUGCCGGGUGGUGCUGGACGCCGUGCGCCUGGACGACCCGCUGCUGGAUGUCGCCCGCGUGAGGGCAGAGGCGCUCCGCGCGCUCACCUUUUUGCGGUUCACGGUCAACGAGACCCCGUCGGCGCUGAGCUUCUCGUCGGCGGACCACGGGUUGUUGCUGCGCGGCGGGGAGCCGCUCUGGGCGUGGCUGCUGCCGCGCUGGCUGCGCAUGCUGGGACACCCGCGCUGCGAGGAGCUGCGCGGCGCAAUCGAGGGGUUCUUGCAGUACCUGCUGCUGACGGUGGCACGGGUGUCGAAGCUGUGGCCCGUCAUCGGGCCGCUGACGCUGUACCUCCGCGGCUGCUUAACCGGUCUCAUCGAGAAGCUGCAAUCGCCGCCGUCGAAAAGGAACGCCUCGAUCGAUAUAGAGAUGCCGCCGCCGCACGUCCUCGACCAGGCGCUGCAAGGCCGGAGCCCGCCGCCAGCGUCCGUCUCGCUCACGUACCGAAUAAAACUCCCCCGUCAGGCGCUCCAGCAGGCUCACAGCCUCGCGCGCGUGCUCGCGUACCCGCUGACGUGCCGGGACCCGGCGUUCGCAUCCGUCGCGCCCAUGUCCGAGAUCGGGCCGUGGUUGCUCGACGCCUGGCUGGACCUGUGGUCGGCGCAGAAGCGGCUCCCCGGCGACGAGAAGAAGUCGCCCCUGCCGCUGAUCGAGAUGGCGGUCGACGUGGCCAAGGCGUCCGCGACGGCGGAGCAUGCUGUAGUGGCGGCGACGAGGAACAAGGCGUGCACGACGCUCGUCCUGCUGUGUAGUGAGAUGGUGGCCGCACCGGAGGAACUGGCCGAAUCGGAUGAUGCUGGAGCGGCUGCGAGAGCGAGUUAUUGCCUGGCGUUGGUUGCGAUUGCGCAGGCGGCGCUGCAGUCGCCCACCAUCGGACGUCUGGCGGCGUCGAAACUCGUGAACGAACUGUCGUUAUUACCGGCGCAAUAUCCCGCGCUUGGAGAAGAAACCGAUGUCUGGCGAUGUGCCCUUUUACUACGCGAAGUGGUCAACUUGGAACCGCCGCAGACGCUGCCAUCUUCAACGCAUCCAUCACUAUUUCAGGACACAGAACUGAGGCGCUGCGUUGAGGGGAUGCAUUUAUCACACGAACAGCCGACCGGACAUGGCAACGGAGCAAAGCGAAGAAAGUUGAAUGAGUCGUCUGAGAUGGACACUGUCUCCCACGCAAUAAAGCGCCUGCGUGCCGCUCUCGAACUGGAUGAACCUCUCAACGAAGAGCAGUUUGAUUCGGCUCGCGUUUUGUAA